GCGAGCUCGACCGAGAUCAGCGACCGUUUCCCGGGGACACAGACCGAACAACACCGGCUCUGGUGGAGCGAAUAUCUGUCGAAUAUCCAACAUCCAACUAAUGAAGUGACAUGUUCGUCGGUGACAAAAGGGCGUUUCGUCUGACUGCAGCGGGCGAGGCCCUGCUUCCGAUGUGAAGUGCUUGUCUUCUGACCGCGGAGCAGAUGAUCGAUGCCUGUCAUGGACCCUCCUCCAGGUGCCACUCUAGCCAUGGCAGCCGAGAAGAGGGCUUCCACUUCCCUCCAGGACAUUUCUCCGGUGCUUUUCUUCACGGACGAGGGGCUUCCCAUGCAGUUCUACGUGCGGCCAGGUCCCACCAAGCAGAAGCUGGGGCCUCUGAUAACAGCAGGUGGGGGCCUGUUGUCCAAAACACAGCUGCCCUCAGCCAUUCUGCUGCUUGACCCGCAGGAACAAGGCUCCAUCCCAAAGACGUCUGCCAACUGGUAUGUGUCCGUGCAGUACAUCUACGACUGUGUGGACAGAGAAGCUCAGCUGGACAUCGAAGACUACAGGUUGAAUCCUGAAGGAAAGGAAGCGUCAAAGUGCUGUGGUCCAAGUGCUCCAGGAAGGGUGAGGUACACGCCCGAGGAGGACGCAGCCAUUUUGAAGUUCCUCCGUCAGUACCAAGGUGUGAAGACGCGAGGGAACCGGAUCUGGCAGCAGAUGGAGGAGCAGCGUCUGACCAGUCACCCCUGGCAGUCCAUGAAGGACCGCUACAUACGGCACAUUUCCAAACAAGAGGGACCGUCUGCUGAAGUUCACCACUCGGCAGAAGAGGAAGCACGAGUGGAAGAAGAAGAAGAAGAAGAAGGAGAAGAAACUGCCAAGGACGCUGGAGGGGCUGACGGCAGGGACGCGCCGGCGCCCUCCAGUCAGGAGGAGGAGGAGGAGGAGGAGGGGGAGUCGCACGCCAUGCAGCUGGACUCGCACUCUGGCGACGACACUGCAACACCCAGCACUCUCCUGACACCAGAGGGAGCCAGAGAGCCUCCAGAGAGGGGGGUCCAGGAGUCCCUCCCAAGUCCUUCCAGCCCGGCCGCCGCCUCCCAGCCAGAGUCCGUCUCUGAGCCGGCCUCGUGCUCCUUCACCCCGACCAAGAGUGUGGCCAGGCCCGUACGGAAGUCUCUGAGACGUCGGCUCAGUAUGGAGGCCCCGCCCCCUGGAGCCUACUGCAAGAAGCUGCGCUCCUCGUCCUCGGACAGAGAGCCUGCGGCUGAGCCUUCCCCGGAGACGGAGAGGAGUCCGGCCGCGGAGAGCCAGGAUGAAGAGCAGGGCAGGAGUGCGGAGGCUGCCGCAGCAGGAGGUCCAGAGGCUGAGGAGCAGCAGAGGCAGCUGGGGAUCCUGGCGCUGGCUGCGGAGGAGUUUGGCCAUGAAACGGAGCCCCCGGAGGAGGAGUCCCAGACCCGCGCGGAGCCUGCGCCCGCCGCAGCCAUGGAGCCGGUGGUGGCCUCCUCCGAGGCUCACCUCUUCAUCUUCGACAGUGAAACCCAGGCGGAGCCUCCUGCAGCGGACUCGCCGCCGCCGUCGCCCCAGGCCGAGGGAUUUGCCCUCAGCCAGGUCCAGUUAGACCAGGACAUGCUGCGGAUCACGGAGCUGAUGGAGCAGGCACACCAGGACCUGCCCAGUGUCACCAAAGCUCUGCUGCAGACCAGCGGCGACUUCAGUGAGGCGCUGGCGCUGCUCACUGGCUCCGCCCACCUUCCUCACCCUGCCUGGAGCAGAGGUGACGACCAUCUCCUGCGGGCGGCCGAUCCAGAGGCGCGGUCCCAGCUGCGGAGGAGGUACGGUGAGCAGCGGGUGGCCAAGCGGAUGCUCUUCCUGGAGCUGGAGGGCUGAAGACAGACUCGGCUGCACCGCCUCUUUUUUAGUCCCAUUUUAUUCACACACAACUCCUCUGACCUUCCCGUGAAAACACGAUUUUUAACAUAGUUUUUAUGCGCGAAGCUAUUUGUACAAAUAAAUGAAGUCAUUUUUAAAUCAUGUUGCUUGGCAACUCGUAUGGAGCGUGUGACCUCAGUGAGCCGGGCGCUAAUGUCCCGCUGUAGACGGACGUGCUGACGCAAGGCGCGCCAGACUUGUACUGAACGGACCUGGGUCCCGCAGUCAAAGGUCAGUCCAGUGGCUCUGAACCUUCAUAUGCGCCUGUGUUCUUCUGUAAUUCCAGACACGGGUCUAUGUUUUCUCUCUGGUGCACAACAUCAGCUUGUUCCAAGAACAAACCAACCUAGCACGCGUGCUCACAGCAAAUGCAAGUGGCUGCAGCUAUUGCAGUGGAGAGCGGUUCAGACGGCCGUGGCAUCCGCGUGGCCCGUGCCACUCUCAGGAGUAUGGCGUCCUCUUGAUGUGGACAUCCUUUACUGACCUUUUACUGACCCCAGUGUGGCUGACUCAUAACACCGUCCUGUCAUUUCAGAGCAGAGGCUCUGCCCAGAGUCUCUGCUCACUGAAUGAGCGGAGCCGCCAGUUUGUCUUUUGGCUCAGCUCUUUCUUCCCUCCCUCACUUGUGACCAGGAGCUUGAGAUAUUUGAUGAACCUCCAAGCAGGACGUGUUGAAACUGCGAUCAGAACAGCAGGAAGUCUCGAGAUGCCUAAAAUAGUUUGUAUUUAAUAGAAAUUAUAAUAAUUCAACAAUGUUUUUCUUUGUUAGCUAAGCAUGUUUUAUGGUUAUUGUUUGAGCUGUGCGGAUGGGAAAACAUCGUUGGUUCCACCUGGCCGUGUUGCGGUGGGACUGAGAGGAAGUGAACACCGUCAGUCAGAGUCAGCGAAACACGAGGAGCAGGACCCGUGUGGCUGACAGACGGCAGACAGACUGGACCCUGCUGAGUGUUUGGUUUCUCUCGGCGGAUGUUGCCUGCAUGUCAGGAGAAGGUUUCUUCGCUUCCGUGUGUCUUCGUCAGUGCUGGAGAACGACUUGGGCCCGUGCUGAAACUGGACACGUGACCCUCGAGGUCAAACCCAGUUCCAUUACGACCUGCGUCUAGACGUUUCUAGCCAGCAGCUGGGAUCCCGGGGUUUCUUCUUCCACCACGAAUGAGCAGCAGCACACAGAGAAGCCAGCGUUUUAUUUCUGCCCAGCCCCCGAUAUCGUCCCCGGCAUCCUCACAUGGUUAGAAAAAUAAUCAUCCAAAAAUACAAGUCGCGACUUUCAAGCUUUCAAGCGUGGGCUAAAACCAAAGCAGCUCCGUCGCGCGCCCCUCACGCUGACGGAGGCGUGAGCGCGUGUACAUUCGGAGCGAAACUGCGGUAGAAAAACGGUAUAAAAGCCUGUUUGGUAGGAAACAUUGCACCCGGAGCGGCCCUCCGGGGAGCAGCAGCCCGCUUCACCUGCGCCGCUGGAAUCACAGCAGCAGGUGGCGCUGCUGCGGCUGGUUUCACAUCAGCAGGGAGGCGGGGCCAAACGCACGGCGGACAUGAGAACAGCGCGCUCGGCCCGCACCUGCCUCCUCUGAUACGAAGAUGCUGGGGGCGUCUCUACAUUCUGUCUGGCAGCAGUCGUCACGUUAGCACAACGUUAGCACAGAAGGCCUCCAGUCUGGCAGCGGCGGCGGCGGCGGGAGCCUGGUGGUGUGCGGGUGAGAAGACUGGCCUGAGGCGACACAGCUGGACCGUCUGACCAGCUUCACGCCUGCUGGAACAGUGCAGGAGUCCCAAACCUCGCAGCUCCGGUGGAGGCGAGGGAAGAACGUCACAAGGCAAAGUCGCUCGGGGUUUCACCUGAAGACACGGUGGGAAACACCUGCUCGGCUUUGGAAGGCUAAUGGUGGGAAGAAGAGACGGGUCCAGCUCAGUUGCAUAGAAACAGAUUCAACCCUGGGCUGAGCUUCACUGGAGGAUGGGGAGGAGGAGGAGGGCGGCGCUGCCGGCGGGGCGUCAACUGGCCUCCGCCUCGUCCUGGAUCUCCUCCGUGUUCCCUGAGUCGCUGCUGGCCACCGAGCUGACGGAGGGAGAGUCGCGCCCGCCCUUGAUCAUGCGCCGGCACGUCUCCAUCUGCACGUCCAGGCCUCUCUUCAUGCUGCACAUCUCCAUGUACUCGUGCAGGUGGCGGUUCAUGUCGCUCUUGGCGCUGGCCAGCUCCAUCUGGAGACACCAGAGUGAGAGUCAGCUGUGAAGGUGUCAGCGGCUCGUGGGCCUCUCGCGCCGGGACCCAGGAGCAAACACUUCCACUGUGGUGCAUUAUAUCAGACGUGUGAUGCUGGCACCCGACCUCGGGUGGAACUCGCUGAGCUCAGCGCCGACUGAAUCAGAAUGUCUGAGCUUAGUGGGAAGCCGUAGCAUGACGCUAGCUGAUCCCCUCCCUCGCAGUAGCAGGUAAGGCUAGCUUGUUAGCAUCUUAGCCGUGAGACACCGAUGGCGUGACACUGUUUCCGACAUGAGGUUGGUCUGGCGGGAGUCACGGUCUGAGGUUGGAGGGGCUGGUCAGCGGACGUUUCAGCCCGUGGCUACACGCGGGGGAUCUGAGCUGUUAGUAUUUUGUUAUUCAAAUGGCCUCAAAGCGUGUGCAAAGCGAGUGACAGUAGAGCGUGAGCGCGGAGGGCACCUCGAUCUGGCCGAUGGUCUCCUGGUACUCCUGCUCCCGGCUCCUGAACAGAGACUCGGUCUGGUGGAUGAGGCUGCCCAGGCUUCCGUCCUGAGAGUCCUGACAGAGAACAGAGAAGCUCACUUGUCACUUGUUCCCCUGGCGCUGCCACAGCUGCCCACAAGACUCACGGGCUCCGCGGCGCAGGGCGCCACGUUGUAGUUGGCGAAGUCCUCCCACAGCAGCAGCGUCUCCUCGUUCUCCUCCCACGUCAGACUGUCACAGUCGUCGUCGUCGUCGUCGUCCAGGUCGAAGGCCUCCCUCCUGGCAACAGAGGAGUGAUCUGAGCAAUGUCUGCCAGGAGGGAAGGAGAGGAAGACCACAGUCACCAGAGUCACAGAGACAGAGAGAGCAACGGAGCUGGGCCUUACAGCUGGCUGAGCAUCCGCUUCAUCUCGUCGGUGAUGUUGACCGCGGCAGGAGCCUCCUCCUCCUGCAUCUCCAAGCUGUCGUCAUCUGACGCAGCUUUCCGCUCCUUCCUCCGGCAGCAGGUCGCGGCGGUCUGAGACAGGAGAGCAGGUCAAGCCUCUCGCCCACUGCACGUCUGCGCCGCACCCACCGGCAGAGAGACGGAGGCGCUGAGCCGCUCUGGCAGCGAGCGUCCCGGACUGGCGUGGAACAUCCUGGACGUGUCCUCCGAGUGGCGCUGCUGAGCCACGUCGCACAGUUUGGCCGUGAUGUCGAUGCGCCUGCAGAUGUCCAUGUCCACCCGCCGGGCCUUCUCCUGGAUCUUGGUCUCCAAGUCGGACAUUUGCUGGCAGGGGAGAUUCGGGUCAGAACAUGCUCGGGCUGCUGUGGCCCCUGAGUCUCCUCCAUUCAAACGUCCCCGCCGCCUGACAAUGUUCCCACCAUUUGGUUUUCACUUUUGUGGUUUUUAAAAAUGUUCUAAAAAAAACCCAAAACAAGCUAAUUUGCUAAAUCUAUUUGAGGACGAAUACCAGUCUGUCCAGUUUCAACGGUGGAGCUUUUCAUCUCGUGGUUCUCGUAGUAAUGUCAGGUUGAACUUCAAAUAUUCAAUAUUUGCUUCCUUCCAAGUUGAUUUAACCCCACGGGGCUGUUCACGUCACUUUCCCUCACCUGGGAUGGUGACUCGUGAUGAGAGGGAGCACCGCGGGGCCACAGCCACCACACUGACACACGGGCACCGGGCUCACUGUGGCGCCGCACACCUGGUUACCACCAGACAUGACGCCGUGGCUGCGCCUGCACUCACCCUCAUCUGGUGACCACCGGACCAGGGAGAGCAGGUUACAACCCAGAGAAACAAUGAGCGAGCAGCAGCUGCCGCCGGAGAUUGGUGUCACACGUCACUAAAACUAUUGCUGUUUCCUUACAAAAACAUGUGAGAAAAACAAGGCAAAAUAACCGCUCUGCGUUUAGGGUUUGGCUGAAAUGAUGUUUUUAAUGAAGUGAAUUGGGACAAUGCCACGUGUCAAGACGGCGUGUCAUUGGCUGCCGUGCUGUGUUUCCUGCAUAUCGCUGACGUGUGACACCAGAGAAGGUCAACACAGGGAAGAGUGGUCCUGGCUACUAACAGGUCCCUGUUGUCCUGUCCAACACUGUUGUGAGAUCAAGUCCUUUGGUCUCCUGGACAUCUCUCCACACUUCAUCUUCCCACUUGGUUUCAAGUCAGCUCCGGAGCUCCCUGGGUUUGAAGGGGUCAUGUGAUCAAGUGGUGAGCGGCCAGUGAGGAGGAGUGGGACACUGAGCCCAGUGUCGGGGGAGAGAUGGGACACACACCAAGAAUGAAACCUAAACCUUCUGGAGUAGCAAGAAAGUGGACAAGAGCAACGUGCGGUAGAAUGUCACAGUCGACGUCGGCUGAUUCUGUUGGAUGUUUGCUCUAACUGUCACUUUUACACACAAAGACGCGUAAGGCCAGUGUGCUUCUCUCAAAUCUUGGAGUCCAGCUGUUGGCGAGCUGUCGAGCCACACAGUGGGUUACAUGUUGUGAGGACAGCAGUGGGGCACGACUGUGACAUGAUCAUCUGAGGAGAACUGACCAGGGAAAGGUGUGAGCACAGAACGGUGAAGACGUCACUGAGCACACAGCGCAGCACGAGCACAGGAGACGACAGAAGCUCCUGGACCAAAUACUCACGUCACUCAUGAGGCUCUUGAAGACCACCAGCUCAGCCUUCAGCCUCUCCACCGUCUCGCUCAGAUCCUCCUGGAUCUCGGACGACUCCUGGACUCUCUGGGAAAGAAACGCCACACAACAGUGAACACUGAAGACCUGAAGCUCCCAACAGGCAUCAGCUUUGAUGUCAGGACUUCCAAAGGCUGUAGCUUGAAGAGUGAGUCAGAUGAAGGUGAGCAGCACGACAGAGGAGUGUUUGGAAGUCACUUCUCUCAUCUCAUGUGUGUAUAUGAUGAGGCCACCAGGCCGGGAAUAUCAGAACUUUCAGACGUUAAUCUGAUCCACUGGAGAGGAGACUCCUCUCUCAAACCCCACUGCAGCCUUUUCCACUGCAUCUGCUGGUGGACUAUGACAUCACAGCAGGCUUUUUCCUCAGCAGGACGCCCUGUUUCCUGAGCAGGACGCCCUGUGUCCUCAGCAGGACGCCCUAAAUGUAUCACCAGUUCCUGUAUGAGGCCCAACUCCUGGUGUCAUCUCACUGCUUUACAUUCAAUUGUGUUUCCACCCGGUAAUUUCACCGAAUGUGAUCCAAAGUCACAGAUUCUCCAACCUUUCACAACCGUAUUUUGGUCGCCAUAUUAGUUUACCGCCGUCAUCUGGCGGCAUGGAAGCUGCUAUUGAUGGGGUGUGUGACGCUGCUGACAGGAGGAAACGAUCCUUCACUAAACUAACUGCUUUCUCAUGGGAGGAAUAUUUGGCGCCCCCCCACGUCCCAGCGGCGAGCGGACGAACACACAGCCCUUUCAGAGCAAACAGUUACAGUUGCCACUGCCCUCAUGUCUGUGAACGUUUGUGAUUUGACUCUGAUGCUUGUUUAUCUGUUGUUUAUCCAGUUAUUCUGGGACAAAUAGCUGUUGACAGCUGUGUUUGUUCCAAAGCCAGUUGUUGGUUGUCAGUCGUUGACUUGGUGUGUGGGGAGGGGGCGGGGUCAGGGAUUAGGGGCGGGGUUUUGGACACCCUGUUUCAACAUCCGAGCUAGAAGCCAGCAUCACAGCGUUUCUGUCUCUCCCUACGAUCAUCGUCAGAGUGUGACUAUUCCACUGCACCCUCUGACUCACUCAUCCUACUGGCAAGCUCCAUUCCCUCUUCACCCCCGCCUCUGACAGAGGAGCGACGCUGGCGUGGCCUUCAUUGUUUCCUGAAAGGUCCUGCUUCCCAGGCUCUGGGUCAGCUGACAGGCCCAGGUCUAUCUGGAGGUUGAUGGACUCAUAACGGGGUUUUCCCUCAAGCCACGCAUCCUCCUGGUCCACCCUGAAGACCCUGCCGUUGCUGAGCUAACAGAUCGUCGGGGAGCUAACGGACAAGGCCGCAGAGCGAGGAACUGAAGGGAAGGCGGCAUGAAAAAGUGGCAUUGAUGGCGUCUUCAUGUCAGACUCAGACGACAAGUCAGUAGUGAAAGUGACGGGAGGCGGUGUGAGCGAGUGACCCACCUGCUGCAGUGACUCCACGCUGGACUCCAGCUGCUCUCGCGUGGAGCGCUCCUCCUCCCACCUGGGAACACACAGGGAUCACAGUUACAGGCAGCCAUUUAUUUCAACAGGAGCCGUCGGCCGGGGUCGACGCCCUCCCUUUCUCUACGCCCUCUUUUCUUUGUCCUCAGAAGAGAGGCAGUUUGGAGAGAGAUGAGGACAUGAGAGGCCCCCAGGCUGCGGCAGGGCUGUCAGGCCGCUCCUCUGUCAUGUGACUGACCGGGUUCUGAGCCAGGAGGUCACCCAACUCACUGUUCUCAUGGAGGAGGACUGCAGACCGGAGCCAGUCUAAUCAGAGGGAAGUGUUUCUUGGCAGCUGGCCGUGGCACGGAGCGGUUUCAGGGGAAACACUGACAAAGCUUCUUCACUGCGGCCACAACUCCGUCCGGGGUCGGCCCAGUUCGCGGCUCCUCCGCGACAUUCCCUGGCUCUCGUGUGGCGUCGGCCUUCUUCUUCAUGAUGCAACCAAAGUGAUUCCUGCGACGUGAGGAGCAACAACAACAACUCCUGAGUUCCACGUCUCCACAUCCGGUUAGCCGGCCCACGAAGACCAACACAAACAGUCCCAACAGUGCAGGAGACGGCUUCCUCAGGCCUGCUUCUCCUCAGCACGGCAACACAGCCGAGUCUCCUUACAAGGACACGGAGCGGAGCGGAGCUGGAGUCUGUCAGCUGACAGGCUGUGGAGGGCAGACGCGCAGUGGCCUGACUCAAGAGUGUCACCUUGAUGGCAACGUCUCACACUGAGAGUCAUCACCAGUGGCGCCGGAGGAGUCAGGUUCAACAUGACAAAGCAGAUGAAAACAUCCGUUAGAAUGGUGCUUCCACUGAAGCGCCACGUUGGGCUGCCACACUCUAACUAGGCCCUUUGGCUUGAGUGGAGUAGGCGAGCUCCAGUCCCUCAGCCGCCUCAGUGGUGUGACUUCACUGACUAGAGUGAGUUGACUUGUUGUGUUGGAAGAUCUGAACGCUCCUCCUUGAGGGGACGGAGAAGGAAGUGGCUGGCUCCCACUGCAGCCGCACACAGAGCCUCCUUCUCACACUUUCAACUUCUGUCACACUGGAGACGGUCCUCACUGAACUGGAGGGCCACACACUCACACCCUUCCCUCUUGCACAUCACUUGGUCCAGUUCCACAGACCUGUCUCAACGUCUUCAUGAUGGAGCCUGACUCACAGCUGACUCCUUUCUCACACACUGUUAUCUGGUGAGCAACUGCAUUCCAGCAACUCCGGCCAACAAACACUCCCUGACACAUGCACUAUGGACACAUGCUUCUCCCUUCCUGCCUGGGAGGGACACGGCAACAUGGUUUCCACAGUGAACUUAAUGGAGCAUGUCUCUGAACAACAGACUUCAACUCUUCAAUAAGGCCAUGGAAAACAAGCGUUUUAGGAGAGAGAGAACUGUGACAAGGUUUUUCACCACACAAGACAAACAUGUCUCUUAACAAACUGUUCAGAGACAUGAGACACAGCAGACAGACAGACAGACAGACGGCUCCAUUGAAGCCCUAAAUAAAGCUGGCAGAGCAGCCUGUCAGACACCAGCGGCUUCUACCAGAGACCUGAAACAUUGAGUUGCUCAUCUCUGCACUGCAGACUUCACUCUUCUAUUGAUGCUGGAGACCAACUCCACUCCUGAGUUCCAUCAUCCAACAGAGAGACUGUAGCGUCCGACACAUGGAGCAGAAGGAACGUGGGUUCAUCCUGGUAACUGGUCCAUAUCACCCGUCCCUAGUCCUCACUAUGACACCCAGCACCACCACAUGAUGUCUUGCCGAGGUCAGAGCAGUCUGGUGCUUUGUUGGGGAAGCCUUUACAAUCCAGGGAAGUUGGAGUUGAGUUGUGGAGCCUGUGGGAGCAUUUUCACAGCAGUGAAGGAGUGGAUGGCACACGCCGUGCUGGGGGCGGCUCGAUACGUAGCUGUGAGACCAUCACACGGAUGAAUCACCUCUGAAGCUCCAGCACACACUGGAUACUGGCGUCCCUGCAGUGAUUCCACACCUGCUGGCGUCGCUGGGAAUGAUGUGAAAGAGCAGGCUGGCACACAGCGGGAGGCCACCAGACUUCACCACCACCCUGACCUGCAUCCACCACACACACAUGCCCCGCUGUCUCCAUGGAAACCACUCCAGAGUGGAAUAACCCCGCCCUCCAUCACGGGAGCCACGCCCGAUCCCUCUCCUGCACCCGUCACUGGCCAUGGCUUUCUCAAGUGAUCGGAAUUCAACCUGACGUGAAGACGGAGCAGAGCCAGGCCAGUGACGCAGACAUCAAAGUCAAACAAGCGAGCUGUCAAGCACAAGACUGCAGUGAAGACUUCAUCAGAAACUUGCAUCCAGCUGAAGCCUUCACGUGAGCCAUGGUGGAGACCGCCGCAUCAUCACUGGACCCCUCUGCUCCAUCCACCCUCGCGCUCUUGGACGGUUGUGUGUCUCAGCGAUGAGAGUCAAGCAGGGCUCCAGUGGGUGCACCAUCUCAGACAGCAGUGAGGGGGCGCUCUCUCCCUCUCUGAGAAGUCAAACGACGGCUCUCGCCACUUUCUUGCUUGGAAUGGCAAUUUUGACCUGGUCACGGAUGAGUGGUCCCAGCCAAGCUCCGGUGACUGACUGAAGAGUGGGACCAGCGUCAGGACCCUGCGCUCUCACGGCCGUGCUCCACAAGGUCUUGGGAGGACUGGAGAGUCAGGAGGGCCGUGGCUUCUCAGCGCGAUGCCACGUGCUGCCUCUGGCCCGCGCUCUUGCGUAACACCGGCAGGGAUGAACGAGGAUUAAGGAGCAUUAAAGACUUGACCUCUGGUCUUCAGGAAAGUUCACCGUCUCCUCCAGUGGGAGCAGACACAUUUGUAAUCCUCACUGAGGAACACAAACAUCCACCUGAGCUGCUCAGAUGAACCACCAGAGUGGGGCUCAGUGGGAGACGUAAGACAUCGUGACCCACGUUGCAGGACGUCUGCUGGUUCUGGUUCCCACUGAAGAACCGUGGUUUGGAUCUGGGCAUGUGUCGGGGCAUGCAGAGGCACUUGUGCUCUGGCUGCGCUCCAAUCCUAAUGAUUUUGUUAGCGCCGUGUGAAAUGUGCCGCCAGCUGAAGAGGAGCGGAGGAGGACGUUACAGCAAGAACCUUGAACAUGAAGGGCAAGUUCGUCGUGGCUGAUCACUCCUUCAUGGUGAGACGAGCUGAGCCAAAAGGCCAAGCUCCACAUCAACCUGCACACUUCUGCGCUGGUCACAUGGUCCACCUUGUACUUUGUUACCUUGUUACUCAACAUCGGAGCUCAUCACCAGCCUCUUUGUUCCUCUGGAGUCAAGGAGAAACUGUUGUGUUGCUGUGUACAAACAACAACAAAUGGAAGUUGAGGUGAUCAGUGCUGAUGCAAGAGGUUGCAGAAACGUUGGAGCUGGCAUUUCCAAAACGUUGUCUCCAACACAGGAGGAUAUGCAGGAAACAAAACACAGCACGGCAGCCAAUGACACGCCGUCUUUAGUGUGAUGUCAUCAAGUGUCGUCCCAAUUCUGAGGGACGUCAGUCACUUCACUUGGUCGUUGGAGGGAGGUUCACGGUGGAGGGAGGUUCACAGUGGAGGGAGCUUCACACUGGAGGGAGCUUCACAGUGGAGGGAGCUUCACAGUGGAGGGAGCUUCACAGUGGAGGGAGCUUCACAGUGGAGGGAGCUUCACACUGGAGGGAGCUUCAUAGUGGAGUGAGCUUCAUAGUGGAGGGAGCUUCAUAGUGGAGGGAGCUUCACA